UUCAUCAUUAUUUAAUCUUAAUUUUUCAAAACCUAUUUAUUUCCUUACAUCAUUUUAAGUAACUGUGUUAUUUAUUUUUAUUAUUUUUAUUCAUGGGUUAAUUGUUCCUCUAGUGCUGACAUAUCAAUAAUCAUAGAAAUUUGUUAAAUACUAUUAUGUAAUGGUUCAGUGCAAUACCUAUCUGUUCUGGAUGCCAAAGACGAUUGGAAUGUAACUUAACAUUUAAAAUCAGAAAAACUCCAACGUAUUAUGAUCUCAAAAUGCCCUAAUUAUUUAUCAAACUCGUAUGUAAGUAAUAAUAAUUUUUAUUCGUUUGAACACAAUAUUAUUCCAUUGAGCUUGCAUAAUCGAAUUUCAUAUAUCAAUAAUUUUAAUAAUCAUCACUGUAGCAGUAUGGACCACAACCACCAACCCCACUACAUUCGUCAUCAGCCUAAUAGUUCGAAAUCUAUUUUGAAACGGAAAUCUCUUGAAAUAAUGCCUACCGAUGAAGACGGUCCGACACCCGCAAUAAAGGCGGACGUCGACGCCGACCCUCGGGUACAACAAUGUUCCUUGAAAACGUUCAACCUCAAGUCAUCGUUCUGCAGGCAGGGCAUACUAAAAAAGCAGUCCUCUAGUUUUGACGAUGAAUCGACGCAGAAACCCAUAUUGAAAAACCGCUGUCAGUCUUGCGAUGAUGAAACGUUGCUUGGCAAUAACUUUAGCGAACUCCAUUCGAUUUUAAAACGGAAGACGAGCGAACCGUCGCCAGAACCGCCGUCACAUGGCAUACUGAAGAGGCGUGGCGAACGCGACGUCCGCCCGCAUCGGGAUCGCUGUCAGGCGGCGGUGGUGGAUGAACCAAACAGAGACUGUCCCAAGCCAAUUUUGAAGAAGAUUUUGUCGGCGGCGGUGGAGGUGGACGAUAAGAAACCGAUCCUGAAGUCUACGCCAAAGACUGACGGUGUGACCAAGUGCGGUUCGUCGACCAAACGACCGUCGGUCGCCCAGAGGAUAUCUGACCUAGAGUCCGGAGUUGUCAGAGAUGAUCCCGGCAGCAUCCGUGACUGUAGACUGCAGCACACGCGUGGCAUCCGGGACCGUACGAGGUUUCGCACGCAGCCUGUGACUCCUAGCGAAAUCAAUGCCGUUAAAAAAACUACUGCUGCUACUACGCACUCGGAAAACGACACUCAGAUCAUAAGAAACGUUUCGACACCCGCCUACAGCGGUCGUAGCUGGGUUGAUAACGAGAAUGUUGUCGGUGUGACCUUGAAGCGCGCCAACAGCGUUUCGGCUAAAACUCGCGAAUUCCAUAGUAUUUUCGAUAAGACCGCUACAGAUACCUGUGUCAUAUCAUCGGAUGUCAACAGUAAUAUCUGCACAGCCAAAAGUAGAUCCUCGAAAUAUAAACAGUGCCAAGAAAAGAAGCUAAAUGCUGCCAAUCGCUACUCGACUCAGCCAGUGACUAACCACGAAUUACAAGAAGCUAAAAAUCUGAACAGUACUAAAUGCAAAAACGACGAUGAUAAUGGAAGAUUGCCAAGAAGGAAAUUAGGAAGCUUUAUAAUGGAUCGGCUUCGUAUAUUUAAUGGUAACACUUGUACUAUUGACAUUGAUAAAGUAGAGGAAAAAGUAUAUUCAAGGAACAAAAUGGCAGAAUCAACAAAAAAUCAAGUCGAAUGUCUUAAAGAACAAUCAAAAGACUGGAAAAACGACAAAACCUCAGAUAUUAUGAUUCAGCCAAAAGACGAGACGAAAACUAUCCUAAAAAAUAAAGUCCCGUCAAAAAACACUCAGAAAAAAUCCACCGAAGUUAAAAUUCAACCUAAAGAUAAGACGAAAAAAAAUCCAGAAAUUAAAGUUCAACCUGUUAAAACUGUAAAAGAAUCCACUGACAGUGAGCGUACUAAAAAUCGUAUUUCUCGAAAUGUAGCUAUAAAUCGAUCAUUCAACAAUAAUUCGAAAUUAGAAUUGCUUAGACAAGAAAAAUUUGGAACCAUGACUAAAGAAAAUGAAGAGUUACCUAAGCCUAAAAAACUAAUAGAACCGUCUAGUGAUAAUACUGACGGCACUUCAGUAGUUAAUGGAGGAUCUAUAAAGGAUAGAUUGGUAGCUUUGAAGAAAAGUGGUCAGAUGGAUUGGCAAAAAAGAUUAUUAAAAAUAAAACCAGAAGAUCACGAAGUGUCCAAUAAUUCAAUAAAUGUAGCCCAAGAUUUACUUCGUAAGCAACUUACUAGAAAAGUUAAGUCUACUGAAGAGCCAGUUGAAUGCAUAGAUAACAUUUUAGUUGAUCGACUUAAUCGGCUAGAAACCUCUUCCAAGGACUGGAAAAAACGAAUUGAACAAAAAGACACCACUAAUUUUACAGUAGCUGGAAAAAUGCAAAAUAAAUCUUUACCACCUCUUACGCCAGUUCUUCUGUCAGUCACUCAGCGUUCCUCAUUAGAAAAAUCAUCUUCUAGUGUAAUGAAAAAAAAAAUAGGUGAUGAGUCUACCAAACAAAUAAACGUCCGUCGAAGUCUUUCAAUGUCUGAUAGUAAGACAAAAUCUUACCUCAAUAACAAGUCAGAAAAAAUACCUUUAGAAAAUGGAUUAAAUAAUAUGGGAAAAGAAAAAAUCGUGAACGUGCCAAUUAUGAUCGAUGAUGAUUUCGAUAAAUUUUUCGGUAGUUCGAUUCAGACAUCUAAUGACGGUCAAAUAGAUAAUGUAGAUUUUGAUCACUUAAAAUCGACACGAUCUGAUUUACUCGUGCAACGAAAAAAGGUUAAAUUUCAACAAAGAAAACACGAGGGGUCGAAAAAUCCAUUGAAAGCAUUAGCAACAAAUCGUGAUCUGGCCCAGCAAAAAUAUACAGAAAAUAAAUCUAAUUUAUUAUUACAACGUAGUUUAGAAACAUCAACUAUCAACACUCCAUUGGCUCGGGAAGCUCUUGCAGCAUUGGCCAGUAAAGAAGAUUUUGCAUCCGUGAAUCUUCGAAAGUCUGGGGAUUCAACUCCUACUCUAUUACCACCGUACAAAGAUUUAAUGCUGUUACACGUAAAAGGCCGACGGCGGGUUCAAACUCGUCUUGUAUCUCCAUCUGCCGAUUCCGUCAAUCAAGGCGAUUGCUAUGUUUUAGUAACGCCUUCACAAAUUUUUGUAUGGAUCGGAGAAUAUUCAAACGUUAUUGAACGAUCGCAUGCCGCUAAAGUGGCUCAAAGCAUUUUUGACAAGAAAGAUUUGGGAUGCAAAUAUGCCAACCAGUUGUAUACUAUCAAUUGUGAUUCUUCGCUGCCUAACAGUCAACACGAAAAGAAGUUUUGGACUCUACUGGGCGUUACAUCUAGUGAAACCUCUUCCAUCAAAGGCCAAGGAGCAGGACACCCAGACGAAGAUGAGCUCUAUGAAGCAGCCAUCGUUUCCACGAACGUGGUGUACAAGGUUACUGAUGAUGAACUCGUGAUGUUACCGGAAAUAUCGGGAACUGUUGCCAAAAUAGAAAUACUAGAUCCCUCAAAAACAUUAGUUUUCGACUUUGGUAGUGAAAUAUACGUAUGGUACGGCAAAAACGUGAACAUCGCCAAACGCAGGCCAGCUAUUCAGUUAGCUCGUCAGCUAUACGACGACGGCUACGACUAUUCGCAAUUCGAUGUCAGUCCAAUCGACGUGGCUACGUGUUUGGGUGACAGAAAUAAAGACACCGUGUACGUCAAAUCAGGAGCAAAGAGGCCUGAAUGGACGCUAUUCGCCAAGAUAACACAACAUAUGGAGACAGUUUUGUUCCGAGAGAAAUUUGCAGAUUGGCCAGAUUAUAGCAGGGUCAUUAGGUCGUCAAAAAAGAGCGAUGAUAAAGAAACAGGAGAACACGACACUACAUGCAUCAAUUGGUCGACCGAAAUCAACGCGAUUGACGCAGACGAGAUGCUGAAAAUGUCCGUCCAUGAGCCUGAUUUAGUUCUGGAAGGUAGUCAUCUCGGUCGUGGAUCAUCGUACUACGACAAAGACACAUUACGCGAGUUCGUCAUAAACACCAUCGGGGUGACUGUAUGGCAUGUCCGAGAAUUCGACAGCACCGAAUUGGAACUAAAAUCUACUGGUCAUUUUCAUAGCGGCGACUCAUACAUUAUCCGAUGGACGUACAACGUUUCUAUCCAAGGUAGAGAACUUAGCGGAUUGCCAUCCCGUCGUAUGGUUACUUCUGGCAGAAAUCGCUGCGCAUACUGGUAUUGGCAUGGUCGUGACGCUACACAAAAUGAUCAGGGAGCAGCCGCCCUGUUGACUGUACAACUGGACACAGAACAAGGGCCGCAAUUGAGAAUCGAUCAAGGUCACGAGCCGCCGGCGUUUUGGAGUCUAUUUAAAGGAACCGCGAUUGUUUACCGUGGCAAGAGAAAUUUGACUCCAAACACUUGGCGUCUAUUCAUGGUCCACGGGGCUAAUGAAAGUGAAGCCCAUUUAACCGAGGUAGUGUGUUCCACGACGCAAUUACGUAGCCAAACGUCAUUCAUUCUUCUCAAUUCUGAAAACGGUAUGGUCUUCAUUUGGCACGGAAAUGGAUCUUCAAAUGCAAUCAGAGAGUUAUCGUUAAAAGUGGCCAGUCGUCUGUCGGAAUUGGACAGAAUUGAAUUAGGACUAGGCGAUGGAGUCGUCCUGCAGGGACCGAAGACUAUUAAUGAAACGAACGAGUCAUCAGAAUUUUUAAGAGCUUUGGGCUGCAAGAACUCUCGUAGACUCUCCAAUCAGCAGUUGUCUCGGCCGGUCGGACAUGGUGCAGGUGACAUGAAACUGUUUCACUUCUCAUCAGUUCUCGGGCAGUUUAAAGCAUCGUUGGUGGCUAGUGCAUACGUGCCGUCGCCGUAUCCAUACUUGCAAGAUCACUUAUACAAUGUCAGCCAACCAGCGACAUUCAUGCUGGACACUGGUGAGGAAUUGUGGCUUUGGCAAGGAUGGUGGCCUGAGACAGCAGUGGUGACAACCACAGAGGAAGAUGAUGAUGACGCGGAGCCCGCUACUUUAACUGCAACAGCACUAAACCAUCGCGGAUCAUCGUCAACCCGACUCCAAGCCGAAAGGCGGGCAGCCAUGCAGACAGCGUUAGAUUACUGGAAACGACGAUACGGCGACAGCGAUGACGAAGACCCGAAAGCGUUCCUGGUGUGGGCCGGGCUUGAGCCACUCCGGUUUACGGACUGUUUCCCGGAAUGGCACGACCGCGACGACAUCGCCGAAAUCAACAUGAAGCACAAUCAUAAGCCUGGCGAGACGCAGCUUGUCGAAAUAGAGUUGGCGCGUAUCACACAAGAAUCCUAUCCAGCCGCUCAGCUACUCCAGCGACCUUUACCCGACGGCGUCGAUCCCACCAGACUGGAGCUCUACUUGUCACCUGCCUCAUUCAAAGGCUUAUUAGACAUGAACAAAACCGAAUUCCUACAACUGCCGAAAUGGAAGCGUACAAAAAUUAAACAGUCUGUUGGUCUGUUUUAAUAUGAUCCGAAAUCACCCACUCGAACUAUAUGUCAUUGAUUUGUGCGUGUGUGUGUGUGUGUGUGUGUGGAUUAAAAAAAAUGUAUUGUGUGCAAUCUUAUAUUUUUCUACUGUGAAUUUUUAUUUAUUACAUUUUAGAAAUACAAUAUAUUUUUUUUUUUACUUAUACUAUGCAAUGAAAAGUAACAAGUUACUAAAACGAAACAUUAUUUUUAUAAUAUAUUUAUAAGAAAUAUUUUUACCUUAAUGUUUUGGUUUUCUGACGUUUAAUAACUUGUAACACUUUUUGUAUAACACGUUUUCAAAGAUACGAGUUGUGUGCUAUUUAUUUUUUACUAUAAUCAGAAUACUCAACAUUUUUUUAUUUAUACAA